AUGGUGUCGCCGUCUAGGCCAAAGGUCCUCCUAUUUGACAUAGGAGGCGUGUGUGUCGUGUCACCCUUCCAAGCCAUUCUCGACUAUGAGAUCGCACGGGGUAUACCGAAGGGUUAUAUAAACUAUGCGAUUCGGGAGCUGACGCCCAAUGGUGCGUGGCACAAGCUGGAGAGGGGAGAGAUCCCAAACGACGCCAACUAUUUCCGAGCAUUCAAAGCCGACCUUGAGCGGCCCGACUUGUGGGCGAAAUUCCAGAAGGAUCGGCUCAACGUCUCCGAUGCUUCCAAGAUCCCAUCGGUGCCAGACAUCGAUGCAGAGACACUCUAUUGGACCAUGAUGAGCACGUCUCGAACCCCGGAUCCAUACAUGUAUCCGGCUCUGAAACGGCUAAAAGCGGACGGCAGGUACAAGCUCGCAGCGCUGUCCAACACCACCGUCUUCCCCGAGGGUCACGAAUUCAACACUCCCAGACCAGACGACGUGAAGAAUAUUUUCGAAGUCUUCGUCAGUAGCGCCCAUGUGGGUAUGCGGAAGCCGAAUCGAGAUAUCUACGAAUACACCUUCAAGCUACUCCAAGACACUUGGGGUCAGGACAUUCGACCCGAAGAUGUCGUGUUCACCGACGACAUUGGAGAGAACUUGAAGAUGGCCAAGAGCGUGGGUUGGAGGACCAUCAAGGUCACGCUGGGGAAGAUAAAAGACGCGGUCAAAGAAUUAGAAAAGGUCACCGGGCUGGAAUUGCUGGAGGCCGAAGAGGUCAAAGCCCGAUUAUAG